CAAUCUGUCAAAAAAUGUCAGCCAACAAGGAAAGUAGCCUCGUUCAGGGCUACAUUGAAUUAAAUAAAUUUUGUCAAAGUGGUGAUUAUGAAAGAGCAUUGAAAUCUGCAGGGAAAAUCUUACAGAUAGCUCCAACAGAGCAAAAGGCGUUCCACUGCAAGAUCAUCUGCUUCAUUCAACUCCAUAACUUUAAAGAGGCACUGGCAGUGCUAAGUAACCCUAAGAAUGCUGCCCUCGCUGCGGACUUGCACUUUGAGAAGGCAUACGCUCAGUACAGACUCAACUGUCCCAAGGAUGCAUUGCAGACUGUGGACAACGCUCCCGAGCUAACACUCGCCUUGAAAGAACUAAGGGCUCAAAUAUUGUACCGUUUGGAACAGUACCAAGACUGCUACAACCUUUACCGUGAUAUUGUAAAGAACACCACCGAUGAUUAUGAAGAUGAAAGGAAAGCGAACAUGUCUGCAGUUGUUGCUAACCUAGCAGCAUUAAACCCAAAUGCAGACUUGCCACAAUUUGAAGAGACCACAUAUGAGCUGCUUUAUAAUGCAGGCAGUACUCUUGCAAUGCGUGGGAAGUACACUGAGGCGCUACCAGUGUUAAAGCGCGCAGAGCAGACAUGUGUGGAGAGUGUGGUGGAGGAUGGUGGCACUGAGGAGGAAGCGAAAGAAGAAGCCGCUAUCAUCAGAGUGCAGCAGGCGUACUGCCUGCAGGGCGCGGGGCGAGAGAAGGAGGCAGCAGCUCUGUACCAGGGCGUGCUGAAGGACAAGCCUGCCGACCAGGCACUGGUGGCCGUCGCCAGCAACAACCUUGUCGUCAUCAACAGGGAUAGCAACGUGUUUGACUCCCGCAAACGUAUGAAGGCUGCAACAGCGGACGGCUUGGAGCACAAACUGACCUCGCGACAGCGCGCAGUCAUCGUCUACAACCAGGCCAUACUCGCAAUAUACUCCAAUCAGCCGGAGUUCUGCAAACAGUGCUGCGUGAAACUGUCGCGCGAGCUGGGGCAGGAGAGCCGCGCGGCGCUAGUGGAGGCGGCCUCGCUGGCGCGCGACGGCAAGCGCGACGCCGCACUCGCACUGCUCGCCAAGCACCCCGGCACGCACACGCUCGCCGCCGCGCAGAUACUGCUCGCUCAGGGCGACAGGAAGGCAGCGAUCAAGUUGCUGGAGGAGAGCGAGUUCAAGUACCGCCCCGGAGUGGUGGGCGCGCUCGCCACACUGUACUGCGCCGACGGCGACUACGAGCGCGCCUCGCAGAUGUUCUUAGAUGUGUACCAGCAUUACAAGAACGACACGGGUUCCCCGGCGCUGCGCGGCGUGUGGCGCGCGGCGGGCGAGGUGCACCAGCGUGCGGGGCGCGUGUCGGCCGCGGCGCAGGCGCACGAGGCGCUGGCGAGCGCGCAGCCGCACGACCGCCGCAGUCGCGCGCGGCUCGUCAAGCUGCUCGCACCCUCAGACCCGCAGCGCGCACGCGCACUCGCCGCUCAACUGCCGCCCAUACAGCUGCAGGGAGCAAUCGAUAUCGAGGCGCUGGAGUCGUCCAAAUGGAUGAUGGGUGCGAAGGUCGUCAAGAAGACGGUGCAGAGUAAGCAGGAACAAUCGCCAGGAACACCUGGUUCCGAGUUGGGAGUGACAAAGAAACAGAAGAGGAAACGCAAGACCAAAUUGCCGCCCAACGCUGACCUCUCCAAGCCCCCGGACCCAGAGAGAUGGCUGCCGAAGUACGAGCGCACGGCGUACCGCAAGAGACGCGGAGUGCGGCGUGACGUCAUCAAAGGAAGCCAGGGCAUGACCACCGCCGCCGUCGACCAGUACGACAUGAGCAAGCAGCCGGUGAGUGCGUCUCCGGCUGGGGCUGGGGUGGGGGUGGGGGUGGGGGCUGCGGCCAAGAGCCCGCGACCUGACAAGCCUGCUGAAAGCGCGUGGCAACGCAAGCAGCAGCAGAAGAAGAAGGGCAAGGGUCGCAAAUGGUGA